AUGUCAGGGCUUGGAUUGGUGUUUGAGAACUCUGUGGCCCGUGCUGUUGAAAGAUCCUUAAAGGAGAGUAAGCCCCUGGUAGUCUAUUGUACUCCAGGCGAUGAUAUAUGGCUAAAAAAUUGGUUUACAACAACUCUGAGCGAUACUAUCAAAAACAGAUGUAUAGCUUUGAAGUUGGUCCCUGAGGCUUCGGAUUUCCCAUUUUUCAAGCAGAUUUGCCCAAAUGUGACGUUUCCAAGCGUCUCUUGUAUUGUGGAGGGUGAAAUAGCGGCAGUUUUAACGGAUGACAACGCUGUAGAUAAUAAAAGAACGCUAUUAAAGUGCUUGAAAUUAGAGCCAAAAUCUGAAGAAGAGGAAGAAGAAGAGAACGAAGAAGAAUUAGAUGAGACAAAUGCAGGGCCGGAUGCGACUGAUCCUCAGGAUCAAGCAGCAUUAAGAGCGGCACAACUUUACCAAGAUUCUAUUAGGAAACGACGGAUCAUUGACAAGGAAGAACGGGAAAGAAUCAUUCAAUUGGUCAAAGCGGACCGUGAAGAGUUUCAAGCAAAGAGGCGAGCAAGUGUAGAGCCAUCCCAGACCGAACUGCCCGUGAAAAGCUUAGACAAUAUUCAUGAUAACAUCAAAAACACCCAACAACUGCUAGCAAAAAAAUGUACCCUUCAGAUCAGGCUGCUCAACGGUCACUCCAUAACGCACCAAUUUGAGUCUUCCACAAGCCUCGAUACGGUGAGAAAAUGGGUUGAUUCAAAUAGAAACGACGGUGACGCGCCAUACGUAUUCUUAAGAGGAAUACCGCGUGAAGUGUUACUAGAGUCAGACGAAUUGAAGACACUUUUCGCUUUGCAGUUAACGCCACGAUCCGCAUUGAUUUUGAAGGCUGUUGAAAGUCGCACAAAUGGUCCUCGUACAAUAGACGCUCAAGGACCAGGUCUCUUGGGCAAAAUCUUCAUCUCGAUUUCCGGCUUGUGGAGGCCAGCAGAGAGGCGAGACUUGGAUGACACACACAGCACGCGACCAAGUUCCAAGGCGACCAGUGCCCAAAUCGAGGAUUCAGUUUCUUUAUCGUCUUCGAAAUACGUCUCACCCGCCAAUUCCCCUCGCAUUAAACAUCAACUUGGGCGUAAUCCAUCCGAACUGAGCCUCCCGUCGAGGCCAGUGUCUCCCAACGUUUUUCAGUUCGUAAACGCCGACGAUAGCAAGGACGAUGAUUCCCAUCGUAAAACUUUCAAUGGCAAUAGCGUCAAACUAGAGGAUAAGAAGGACGAAUGUGGUGAGGACAUUAAUUAA